AUGUGGAUCGGGUCACACACGAUUAGUUCGGCUAGGCGACCUAUCGUCUCCCCUCCGGGAUACCAGAGCCCCGUGCUGGGUGACUGCACUCCUGUCCCAGGAUCACAGGGAACUCCACACUCGACUCCGAUAUCCGGAGUCACCUCUCUCUCUCUCUCUCGAGUACCUCGAUGGCUCACCCCCGUGGUCCCGCAACCUCGGACUCAUCUAGAAGUCGUGCACGGACAACCGGUUUCACAAUGGUGGGGGCACCGCGGACUUCACCAACGUGAAGUCCCUGAGUGCCUAACUACGGAGGAAACGCAACAGGUGAGUACCAUCAAUGCAAUCUGUCGACUAACGACAAUCUCCAGACUUCCCGCUCCCUCAAGGCCUCGAAUGGACGGAACGUCAACCGACAACCCAACAAGACCCUCGUUAGCACGCACCCCCGCUGCUUCCAAGGGUAACAACAUCAAGGACGACCUCUCUGAACCUUCGUUAGCGCGCGCAUCCGCUGCUUUCGAAGGUAGCGACACGGAUGACGAUUCCUCAUCAUCCAUAACCUUAGUAUCGUAUACACGAUCAACGAGUAGUUCAGUCAACCUUUCCAGACCAAACGAUGCACCAACCGCUCCCGUUAGACCAUCUCUCCCACCCCAUACGAGCUAUGCCCAACAACCUCAGCUAUGCCUGAACUACUCAGUCAAAGAAGAGCCCCCUCCAGAAAAUGGAAUGUCCUCAGGAACGCUCAUCAAAUUCACGUAG